UUUAUAGAGAAAUAUAACUAUUAUAGAUAAGAAAAAAAAGAAUAAUUUUGUUAUUUUUUAUGUAUGUUUUUUGAAAGAAAAGAUCUUCAUUUUUAAUGGCUUCUGAAACAUAAGAAACGAAUAAAAUGAAUAAAAACGCAGAGAAAUAGAGAGUGAGAAAGAGAGAGAGAGAAAAAGAUAAAGAGAGAGGAAGAGAGGAAGAGAGAGAGUUUUGUAAGUUAUGUGCGUUGUCGAGAUAACAAGGAAAUUGGUGGGUGAUCGUUCGCGAUUAGAAAUUAUUCAUUUAUGUCAAUUCUGCUUCACAAAAUCGUCAUUUUUUAAAAAUCGUUAACGGUGUUCAGAAGCACGUGUUCCUUGAUUUGUUACCGAUUAAUCAAUCAAUUGACAAGAUGUCGAAGGAAAACUUUUUGUUGAAUCGCUCAUCUGAAAGAAUAGUAUUAUUAUGAGGAAGAGAGAGAGAGAGAGAGAGAGAGAAAGAGAGCAAAAGAACAUAAUCAAGAUGGGAGAAGUUAGUUAAUUCUCCGCGAUAUUUGUACUUAUCUUUGACGCUACGCUAAGCAUCUUAAUACGUUAUUACGCCAGCUCUUUCUACUAAGAAAAUAGUUUGCUAUCGGCUUAGAUCUAGUACAGUUACAACCAAAAAUGGAGGAGAGGUCUAUGUCAGAUAUCAUAAAGAAGAUGCAGCCUUUGUUAAAGAAGUUUGAAGGUGAUGAUGAACUCGUUAUUAAUGAAGCUAAAGAUGAAGCGGGUUCCAAUCUAGGUGACAACUAUACCUCCGUUAUGAUCAGAACUGUAGUCGUCGGCAAAUAUGGAAACGGAAGUCCUUACAAAAAAAAUUUUAUGACUAAAAUUCUUCCUCAUUUUCGUCCUGUUGCCGAAUUCAUCAAUACCGCGGAUUUUUUCAUUAUCGAAGGAUACAUGUAUGAAAAGAUCCUUCCUGUCGUCGGUGAUUAUGGUCCGCGUUGCGUUUACGUCGACCAGAAGGAAAUUAUUAUGGAAGAUUUGCGAGAGAAAGGAUACAUUAACUGCAAAAGACAAAAUUAUCUUGAUUUGGAACAUACCUUGUUCACCAUUCAGACACUGGCGAAGUGGCAUGCGAAGUCUCUAUCGAUAAAAUUGAAGGAUUGUGAAAACUUUGAAAAAUUGGCAAGUCCAUUGAAGGAAAACAUUUUCCCGGUAGAUUUGAAUGUUGCCGUUGGUAAGACCCUUGAAAACGGUCUGAUUAGUGCAACCGAUCAUUUGGAAUCAAUAAAACUUCAAACGGCAGAGUUAGAAAAGGCGAUAGAGUAUGUAAAAUCUCUCAAAAAUAAUUGCUACGAUGUAAUAGCAAAAUUGCUUUCCUUACCGAAAGAUAGGUAUUUCACUAUUUGUCAUGGGGAUGCAUGGAUAAACAAUAUCCUUUACAAGUACGAUAAGAACGGUAAACUGCUUGAUAUAAAAUUCGUUGAUUUUCAAUUAUCUCGGCAUACAUCUGUCGCCCUUGACUUUCAUUAUUUCGUGUACUCAAGCGUAAGAUCUUGCAUAAUUGAAGAUAAAUAUGAUAAUUUGAUCGAGCUUUAUCACUGUACGUUUGUGGAAAAGCUUAAAGAGUAUGGCGUUUCCGAGGGAGAUCUUAAGAAUUUGACCAUAGAAUGGUUCAAGUUGGAAUUAAAGAAGUUUUGCUUGUACGGAUUGAUCACUUCAUUUUGGUUGAUUCAUAUAGUACUCGCUAAUGAAAGCAAUGUUGUAGAUAUGGAUAAAAUGACUGUCAAGAAUAUAGAAGACAUGGAAUUUUUUAAUAAGGCAAUAGAUGCAACGAAAGCCGAGAGAUUUAAAUUGAUAACUUUACAUUAUCUUCGAACGUAUGUGCAAUAGAUGGAAUUUUUCGAUUUUGUUAAUUAAAUUUUAUUUGAAAAGAUGAAAUAAGAAUAAUGUAAUGAAAUAGCAUGCGUUAAGAGAAAAAUUAUUUUUGUUAUUCUACGAUAUUAUAAACAUUAACAGCAAAAAUGUCAGUUAUUGAUCGGCAUUACACAAUUAUUGAAAGUUAUUCUUCAGUUAUUGAAUAAUGGAAAAAAACAAUUUUACAGUAUAAUAAGAUUUAAUUAAACAUAUUGUAAAUACAAGAAAGAAAAAAUCAAAAUAACAAAACAAUUCAAUUAACUUUUUACAUUAAUAAAUAUCUAUCAAAUAUAUGCCAUAUUGCGAAUAUAUUAACGUGUUUUUCUUGGAGCAUGCAUGUAUUUUUAUAUUAUAGCUUCAUCUUUUUAUAUUAUAAAUAUAACCUUUACAUCAUAAAUAUUAAAUUGUUUGUAAAAAUUGAGAUUGUAAUGCAAGAAGUUAAACAAAAUAAAAAAAAAGAUAAAAUUAA